CUUUGCUUUGUUUCCUAUUAUGAGCCAUAUUCCCAAGAAAGCAUUUGUGUUCUACUGUCCAAUAGAACCUGAUCAACCUAUUCCAAAUGUUGACUCGAUUACAUUACUCGGAUGUUCUGGUCAGAUAGCUUUAGAGAAAACUAGCAACAAUGAUAUGUUACAGCUAUUAGGUGUACACGAUAUGGAUACAGAUAUUCAAUGCUCAUUUAAGCAGAGAUUCAAUGACAUGUCAUUACACAUCUUCUCCAAUUCAUCUACUACAAAGGCUCUUUCAAAACAACUUGGUUGUACAUGUCAGCCCAUCGAAUCAAUAGAUCAAAUCAAACAGCAAGAUAGCCAUAUCAUCUUUGUUGAUUUUACAGACGAUACACAACAUGCAUGGCAAUUUAUCGACCAAUUAUCUGACCAACCAAGCGCAAAUACUAUCUAUUGCAUUAUUUCACCUUCCAAUGUUAUACCUGACCAACAAAAACAUUGGUGGGAUACCUUAGUACCACGACAAAGCCAUGUUAUGAAGCAUGGUAGCAUUGUUGAAAUACAAGACAGAAAGUGUGUCUAUUCCUAUCUACAUACGGGCUCAUGCCGUAAAGACAAUACAACAAAAUAUACAUCAUCAGAUAUCAUUCAGAAUGGCAGCAACAACACUAUUUUAGCAUGGCACUUGAUGGCAGAAAUUGGCCACAAAUUAGGUUUUGUUGAAAAAUAUGGUGCAUAAUAAAGGAUGCAAUUGCUCUCUCUCUCUCUCUUUUUUUUUCGUUAUCUUUCACAAAAUGUUGUUAUCAAAGAGCAAUCUAGAAACAUUACG